CAUUGCAUCUCGAGCAAGACGUUCAGUUUUCCCGAAUACAUGAUUUUCAAAUCGCAUUCUUCUCUUUUGCUACAUUUCCGUUCGAUUUCCCCUCCAACCUGCAAGCUAUUUGAGUACAUCCCUAACUCGUCCCAGUGCCAAUGGCUCACUAAGCCUCAACUUCCUCGUUCUCCUCAAGGGGGAAUCCGGGAGGGGGAGUCCAUCCAGGAGGAGGAGUCCAGCCACCUGGAGGACCACCGGGACCGCCAGGACCACCGAAACCAGGGUUGGGGUUGGCAACGCCACCUUCCUCUCCAAGGUAGACAGCAGGAUUAAUCUUGUUGCUGACAGAGGUGUCGAUACCGAACGACAGCCAAGCGAAGAGACCAUCCUCGACCGAGUCGCCGAGAAGAGUGUACUCCAUCACCGGGUCAACUGCGCCAGCCGAGCCCUGGGCGAGAAGGAAGUCCUGAGCAUUGGUGGUCAAGGGCUGACGGUUGGUGUUGUACGGGGCCGUCUGCUCAACAGCGGUGAUGAGAUCCUGGUCGAAGUAAGCCUGACCAAUGUGGCUAGCAUAGUUGUCAUGACCUAGGGUCUGGUUGGGCUGGAGGGUAGCGUUGGUGUGAACCAUGAUGUGGAUAUGGGCAGUACGUCCGGUGUAGUGGCCGGGGAAGAUGGUCUGGAAACGGGCAACUCCAUCCUCAUCGGUGGGCUGGAUGCCACGAAGCCAGGUGUUAUGGAUGUUGGAGGCAUCAGCGGUGUCGCCGUUGCCGCCGGCGAUGACACCGCCAUACACACCAGUGGCGUUGCAAGCCCACGCCUCGAGGUAAACAUUGGGAACAGGGUCGCAUGUGUCGACGUCGAUGACUUGGUAGUCGACAAGGAGCUCAACGCCUUCCUGGUCCUCAAUGAGGUUUUCACGCACGUAUUCGCCGGCAACAUCUAUUGUUGUUCAUGUCAGCUGAGAUGACUCUUUCAUCACGGAUAGUCACCAUCACUCACAGUAUGGGCCCUGGGUGACCUCGGGGCUCAGAAUGCAGGAGUUGAUGCCCGCAAAGAGGGUUGCGCUAUCGGUGUUGGGGGUGUAGCCAAGGGAAGUCUUGUUGUGGCUCUUGGCCAAGACAUCGCCGAUAUCACGCUUCUUAAUGUUUCUCUUGCGACGAGCCUCUUCGACCUGAGCCUUACGUCUGGCGAUGUUCUUGGCCUCGAUUCCGCGGGCGCGGAGCUUCUCAGCACAGUGGCUCAGAUCAGUACGCUUAGCGUUGGCGAGGAACUCCCGUCGUUCGGCAGCCUCCUGGGCGAUAUCGUGGCCUGGAUGGGCGCUGGCUAGUCCUACCAGGACAGCAAGGCCAGUGGCGGCGGCUUUGGUGAAAUGCAUGGUUUAGAUAGGUGAGUGGACAAACCCAAAGGAAGUUGAUCUCUGAGUCUGAGAUGAGCGGAACAAGAGCAAGAAGGCUUCUCUUGGCUGAUAUACUUAUACAUGUUCAACUCAUAUCCGUCCUCCUUGCCGUUAGCCUUCCCGCCACGCAUAUCGUCUAUCUUGCUACAUAAUCUACGCGACACUUCCCUGCCCGAACUGGAAGCCAAGUCGCAUGAAGUUGAAGCGAAAGGGGCAUAUAGCCGCUAACCGAGCAACCGACUGCAAUGACGCAGCAGUUUCUGGUAUGGUGAAGCCAUCUUCGACCUAUCAGAUGCGAAGGGUAACCAAGCAUUGCCGGGCCCUCAAAGGUGUAUAGAGCAUCCUCAAUCAAAAUGUCUUGGUAUGUGGUGGAUUCAGGGGUUCUACACAGUAAAGUGGACGCGCAAUCCAGUGGAGCGACGCGGGGCAUCGGCUUGCAUAGAACCUCCCACAUCCCGAGCUCAACUGCCAUUUUUCGAACCGGGUAAAAGAACAAGCUUGGAAGAUGGGAGCCAGGGUGGUGACAGUAACUGGCCGAAACGGAAGGUUGUAUUCCGGCGCCGCGCGAUCCCACAAGCCGGUGGUAAAGAUUCUGGCAGGACGACGGCGGCUUGGAUACUCCUGCCGGCUUCAGCAUCUGGAGCGGCGGCCCUCUUGUCGAAUUCGCGGCGAGGCCCGCUUCUGGUGACACCGGAGGUGGGGGGCCAUUGAACGUGCGCAGGAAUAAGCAGCAUGUUAUUCGUUCUUAUCAGUAGGUGAGGAGCUUCUCGCUGAAUUCUAGAUCCCCGAAAAGCUUAUUUUCUGGUAGUUGAAGAUGAGAUCUCACUGCCAUGGAGGGCUUUUGCGGGCAAGAUACACCUAGGAAUGCCGCUCGACAGUGAACUGCAGGGCAACACCCCACACGGCGUUGGUGUCCUGAAGUGGAAACUGAGAUAUUUGUGAUAUCACAAGGAAAUGGAAGUCGUUUUGUUUCGGCCAGUGCAAGAAACCCCCCAAUCCUGAUAGACCUGGGUUGGUGUUGGGGGGACCCAUUUCAUGUGUUUACGCGCGGGGGACAGGCGCUUGUCGCCAAUGAAUUGGAAAGACGCACUCCCAGUCGAAUUAGAAUUAGCGCUGGCAAGUAGGCUGCCGCCAUGCAAGCCACUGGCACUGCCUACCACCUGACCAUUUGGGGGCUCGAACACCAUGUCAAACCUCAGCUGGCGUGCUGCCUGAGUGACAGUCGCACACAAGAGCCGAAGUUUCUUUGCACAUUCAUCAUCCCGCCGUACACUGGGCAGCACCUUUUUACGCCAAGAGGCCCUCGAUCAUGUCUUCAACAAGUGGUCAGAGGUUCUUGAUCUGUGUCGACUAUGGCACCACCUACACCGGAGUGGGAUGGAUUCUCACCCACAGGACCCGCCCUUCUCAGCUCAAUGAGCUCAACAUUGUGAAAAGAUGGGGCGCUAUUCAUCGCCCGGAGACAUCCCAGGUCAUCGGCCCGAAAGUUCCUUCCAUCAUCAGUUAUUCAGGAACAUCCGGCCGGCGGUGGGGUUACGGGGUAAUUGGAGAUGCUGAUUCUCACAUUCUACAAUGGACCAAGUUGGAGAUGGAGCCACCCACUCGUCUCGAAGCACUAUCCCGGCUCAAGAGAACCCUGGAGGCGACGCGUGGCCCCGUGUCACACAGACAACAUGCGUCCUCGCUUGUGCAGGGGAUCCCGCUCCAUUUGAUCAAGUCGACCGAAGACGUGGUUGCUGACUAUCUGACUGAAGUUGCUCAGUGCGUUCGUCAGGAUAUCGAGACUGUUCAGAGAGAUCGAAGGGUCAUUGGCGACUUUCCCAUCGAGCUCAUCAUUACGCAUCCAGCAAUAUGGCACCCGCGCGCAAUGAACACCACUUUCAGAGCGGUGAACACUGCCUUCAAGAGAAUCUUUCCUGAAUUCGAGUCAAACCCGGGGAAGGUCAGACUUACCACGGAAUCGGAAGCAUGUGCCCAGUACAUCAUGAAGACAUCUACAAGCGCGCAUAAACGUCAUCUCAGACGGGGAGCAUGCUUCGUGGUUGUUGAUGCCGGAGGCGGGACAGUCGACCUUGUAUCCUACCGGGUGGACCAAGACACGCCCUCUUUCCAAGUCAGUUUGGUGACUGAGAUGUCCAGCGGACGUUGCGGUGCGACACGGAUAGAUGACUAUUUCAUUAAACGCUUUCUGCCCCGCCGCCUUACCCCGGAUGACUACCGCAAAGUAGUUGAAGAUGCUGAGUCCAACUUUGGCAGCGGACCACAUGUGCUCUUUUCAAGACGGCAGCAAGCAAUGCUCGAGAGCUUCCAGUUUGCCAAACACAAGUUUGCAGGUGUUGGUACUGAGGACGAGGAGUUCCGAGUGUUACUUCCUGGCGACCUUGACAUACCGGACAAUCCUGAGAGAGGGAUCUCGAAUGGAAAUCUGCAGAUUUUGCCUGAGGACAUGGAGCACAUGUUCCAAGAAACCGUCGACGGCACCGUGAACCUCAUCAGACAGCAGAUCACGCAGCUCGAAGUCAAGAACCUUCGUGUAUCAGCCGUAUUCCUGUCUGGGGGUCUUUCAAGAAGUGAAUAUCUUUUCAAAAAGGUUGAGUCGGAGAUUGGGCACCAGUACCGAUUACCAGUGUUCCGAGGGCAAGAGGGCGACAAAAGCAGUUGGACAGACGUUGUCAUCGGCGCAGCAAUCCUGGGGCUCGGGAUGAACUGUGAAGUCCCACCCGCGUGUGCCGAAUGCCCAUACCACAUAGGAGUCCUUAUUUCCCAACAGUUUCACGAGUACGAGAACGACGAGAAGCAGGCCUACACGGAUGCCAUUGGCCAAAGCAUGCGCGCCAAAGACCACCUCAAGUGGAUUGCUGCAAAGGGAGAUAUGAUUACACAGCCGGAUGGCAUCAGCAAAAGUGUGAAGCUUGUGAGGAAGAUUCUCAAGCUGAAUGACCAGGUGCUGAAAGGCUCUUGCACCGUCGUCAUCUCCCAUGAUUCCAAGCAGGGUGACAAGCUUGAGGACAUCCAAAACCUUCAGAAGGUCCAACUCAACUACGACUUGGCCACCCUUUCCACUGCCGAUAAAGCCAAAAUCAUCCGCCGGGACACCGACGAAGACACCAAAACACAAUAUCGGCAAGUGGAAUUGGAGUUGGUCGUUACAGUCCGCGAGGAAGUUGCGGCUUUUCAACUGUAUGCUGGCCAACCGGGAAGAAUCCCCAUCGCUGAGGCCGCCACAGAUCGUAAUGGGCAGUUCAUUCUGGGAAACGCUGGUAGCCAGAGAGAGCAGCACCUGCCCGUCGUACCAGAUAAGGAUUCAGCAUCAGGAGCGGGAUCGGACCCGAAUCAGGAGUCGACAAGCUCCAGGCAGCCUGGGCAGGGACGUAGGCCCAUCUACGACACUGCAGAGAGCAGUAGGAGCAGGAGGGUUUACGUGUGAAAGAGUUGACUCUCAGGGUACCAUAUACCUACAUCCCUUUCACAAACCUAGACUUUGAACUCUGUCAUCCCGAGUAUCCCUUAUGUCACAUACGGCACUGGAUAAACUGUUCACGAGUCCAGCCUCUUCGUCAGAAAAGGAACAUCUUUCAGUUAGCUUUCUUCCCAUCACCUGUUGAAAGAAUUGAAUUGUUACAGUCUGUUCAACUAGGCCUGCCGACGAUCAAUUUUUAG